CAGCAAAAAUAGUUUCUUUCUUGGUCUUGGGUUGGUCCUCAGAGGGGAGAGAGCGCUUUUGGAAUUUGUGGUUACAUAGUAUUUCGUCGGGUAACUCGAUGCGCUGGAAGGGGGAAGGCAGAAGAUCCCUCCUUGCCGACAACGCAUUGAGACUUCCAGAAAUCUCUCAUUCUGAAGACGUUAGAAAGAGGAAAAUGGCCUCUAAAGUUACAAUCGAUGGACCGCAGAAACGGAGAAAGGAGUCAUUGGACGACUGCCACAAUAUUUCUUAUCAUCGGGGAGUUAUUGUUUGUCACCAGAAUGGAAUGUUACGUCAUAACCUACUGCGGAACAAUUUUUUUCUUCUCAAACAAAGCGUUUUUACGGAUAAUCACUGAUCAGUUAUUUCAUCUGAAAACUGGACACAACGUCAGAAAGACAGAGGACUACAGGCAAUGCCUCUCUCACUAAUCUUCUUAUAGCCAUUGUAGGUUUUUCUUUGACACUGCAAAAAUGAAACAGACACUGCAUCUCUGUGUGUUAUGGCUGUUGCUGGUAUGGAGCACAGGGGCCUCUGACAGGAGACCCCUCAAAAGGACAAUCUUACGACGAACAUCCCUCCAGGGGGGGAUUUUUAACAGAACACAAAAUGUGCUGAACUCUGACAGUAUUGCUCCUUCCGCUGGUGGUAUAAAUGUAUCCCCUAUGACGAGCCAUGGUGACAGAAUGCAGAGAGAUGAGAAAGCUGAGCCUCCAAGAAGAGGAAAAGAACCACCAAGCAGAAGGAUGAUGCCAAGCAGAAGAAUACCCCAACAACCAAAGAAACCCAUAAACCAGGUUGGCAGUGGCACUGGCACAUCUCAAGACAACAGUAAACCAGUGACAGGGGAGGCGGUUCAGCCUCAGUCCACACCAGCCCGCACCGUCCCCGGCAGCGCAGGCUCCCUCAACGUCCUGGCCAGCUUCGCAGGGAAGAACCGGGUCCUGGUCAUCUCCGCCCCACAUGACUCAGACGGUUACUAUCGCCUGAUGAUGACCCUCCUCAAGUCGGACGUCUACUGCCAGAUGGCGGAGCGGCACAUGCAGAUGAUAGUGAUGUUCCACCAGGAGGGAGAGCGAGGCGGGAAGGUGCGGCGGGUCAACGCCAAGGGACAGGUGACGGAGGAGCCCCUGGAUACGGUCCUCAUCCCCAGGCUGAUGAACUUCCUGAAGCUGGAGGAGGGAAAGUUUGGCAUGGUUCUCCUUAGGAAGACCCUCCAGGUGGAGGAGAGGUACCCGUACCCGGUCAGGCUGGAGGCUAUGUACGAGGUGAUGGACCAGACCCACAUGCGCAAGCUGGAGAAGGCCAGGCAGAGGGGCUUCGUGCAGAGGUGCAAGGCGGCCGGUGUUGAGGGCCAGGUGGUUGAGUCUCAGGGCCAGGGGGUAUUGACCACGGGGUCAGAGGUCACAGUGAACUCUACAGUGGACAGGGUGCCAGUGUGGAAAGGGGUGCAGAGACCAGCUCAAGGACCAAAGGCUGUGACAGUUACCACAACCCGACCAACCACAAAACCAACUAUGACCACAAAGGCAACCACAAUUACAACAAGGCCAACCACAACCACCACAACAAAACCAACAAGAACAAAAAAAAAAAAAACUACAACCACAACAAAACCACCAACAACAACAAAAGCAACCACAACCAUAACUACAGCAAAGCCAACCACAACCACCACCAGAAAAACAACCACGACCACAACAAAACCAACAACUACUACAACGACCACAAAAGUAACCACCACAACAAAACCAACAACCACAACAAAUACAACCACGACCACCACCACUAUAAAACCAACCACCACAACAAAACCAAAAACUACAACAACACGACGAACCACAACCACCACAACAAAACCAAAAACUACAACAACACGACGAACCACAACCACCACAAAACCCACAGUUCCGAAGCCCUUGGACCCCCAGACAACACCGCACUGGGACCUAGAGGUCCCCACCACAGACGAAUCCUUCUACAUCCCCUCAGAGACCCACAGAAAUGGCAUAGAUGACGUUACAGAAUCCCACAGAGACCAAUAUGAAGAAGACACAACCGACGAUAGCAAACAUGGCCGACAAGUUGUUACCUCUCCAACUCAGCUCACUAACAACAAACCAACUGAAGGAGGGGAAGAGCUGGGCAGUGAACUUAAGGUUGACUCUGAUGCACAGGUGGAAACAGCUUCCCCCAAGAAGAGCAAGGUCAAGCGGCCUGUCAAUGCAGAGAGGAAGAAAAAGGCUGAUAAAUCAGGCAAAAGGAGUAAAGCAGACAAGAAAAGGUUGAAGGCUACUAAAGACAGUGAUGGGGGCUUCUAUCGUGGCAGGAGACCAGGGAAGAAGGCCGCUAUUAACCAGGAGAAAGAAGCAGACAACAAGAGGCCCCCCACAAAACAGCCAAACCUCUUAGUAUCCUUUUUUGGUCAUUUUGAGAAGAGACGACGUCUACUUGUGAUCAGUACUCCAGACGAGGAGAAUCCUAUGUACACGCAGCAGAGAGAUGAGUAUCUGGAGCAUGUGUGUGAAUUGGGCGUCAGAAAAAUCUCUCUUAUCACCAUCUUUGGCUCUCUGACCAAUGGCACCAUGAAGAUGGACCAUUACCAGGCUGAGAAGGAUCAGCCUCUGAAAGGCAUGAAAGAAGAGGAUUUCACAAACCAGCCCCUCAUCAGAGCCUUGAGGAAUGAGUUGGGACUGAUAUUUGACGACUACUAUAUGGUGCUGACUGACUUUGAUAUGAAAGUGAAGCAAGAAUAUGAGGUGCCCAUCGCCAUGACGGCUGUGUUUGACUACAUAGACACAUUCUCUUCUCGCAUCAAGGAGAUGGAACAGCAGAAGAGGCAAGGAGUGACGUGUAAGACAGAAGACAAAUCCAAAUCCCUGGAGAACUUCCUCUCACGGUUCCGCUGGAGACGCAGGCUGUUUGUGAUCUCCUCCUCUGACGACGAGGAAUGGGCCUAUCAGCAGCAGCUCUACGCCCUGACUAGCCAGGCCUGCAAUCUGGGCCUGCGCCACUUGUCUGUGCUGAAGCUGAUUGGAAAGGACAUGGAGGAUAUGGGCGGGACCCUUGAGCUAUACCCAAUCAACGGGACUGCCACUGUGGAACGUGAGGACGUUUCUCCCUCUCUGGUGCAGGACAUCAGGAACUACUUCCAGAUCAGCCCAGAGUACUUCUCUAUGCUGCUGGUGGGGAAAGACGGCAACGUCAAGUCCUGGUACCCGUCUCCCAUGUGGUCCAUGUCCAUCAUAUAUGACCUGGUUGACUCCAUGCAGCUCCGCAGACAGGAGAUGGCUAUCCAGCAGUCCCUUGGCAUGCGCUGUCCUGAGGAUGAGUAUGGGGGCUACGGUCAUGACAGAGACCCGGAUGGUUACCACCGUGGAUAUGGUUACUAAGGAUUGAGAAUAGGAUGUUCCCCUUAGGAUGUGUUGGAUUUUCUAUUGAGGCCUGCUUGUGGCCUUGUCCCAUGAACUAUAUGAAGCCAUUGUAUGAAUGGCUUUUCAUGAAAGCUUUUUUUUUGCAUUUUGAUAACUGUGACGUUGUUUAAUAAGAAUUGACUUUUCUAUAAUA